UGCGUCAUCACGUGACCUACGAUCAGCUGGUCGACGCCGAUUGGUUGCUCAGGGCACUGACGGCCAAUCGUAGCGUCCCCCCUUGACAACUGUCGAGCGCUCAGCAACAACAACAAUAGCAAAAAGUUGCCUCAGCUGUGUGUUCACUGUGCAAGGGUCGCUAGCUGGACGUAAGGCUUUGUUGUGGCACCCACUGACGUUAUUUUACGAGUACUAAAUGCAUUGUAAGUCCUCCUGCUGACCAGAAUCAUCGUCUGCCAUCGCCAGGAACACCAUCUUGACAAGGGCCUUUGAAAAGUCAUCAAAAAACAUUGUGCAUCGUGAGUCAUGUUGAGCGGCAUUGCUAGCUAUUUUCUCAAUGCCCCACCUACUCCAACGCCUGAAGAUGAUGUUAAUUACCGAACCAUGGAGGCUGAAGAUGACUGGUUGCUUGUGGAUGUCACAGAUGGGGACAGUCCACAGCUGGAAGUACCAUGUGAGCGACCAUGCAGUCUUCCCACCACCUUGCACGUGGCUGUGGUGGACUCCUCUCAGGAGGCCACACCACCAUCAAGUCCCUGUCCCAUGGACGGAAGCUGGUAUGUGACACCUCCGCCGUGCUUUGUGGCACGGCGGCCGGUGCACUUGGAGACGUCCCCUCUGGAGAACCUGCUCAUUGAGCACCCGAGCAUGAGUGUGUAUGGACCACCGUGUCUGCGGGGUGCACCACUGACUCCCCCGCCUUCCCCACCACCCAGCACUGCAGUCCCGGCCAGCCGCGCCCUGCCUGGUCCCAGGCCGGCCGCACUGGCUGCCAGAGCGGGUUGGCUGGAACAGCUACGGCCAAGUCAGCGUAGCCAGGUGCAGCGAGAACAGCGCCAGUUGGGUCGAGGCCAACUGGAGCGGCAGAAUCGCACAGUGCAGACUGGCAACCGACACCCCAAACGCCGCGAUCGCACUGCUGCACGCCGCUCAGGAGCCAACAACAAUCGCAAGUGCUAACUUGCCAUCACUGCAAAGAGACAAUAACUUUGGCACUUGUGCGACCGGAGGAAGAAAACAAGAGGACAAAUGUGAUGGGGAUUACUGGGGCAUACGAAAUCUACUGUUACGACACUGGCCUGCUUAAAGGAAAAGAGCCAGUGGAGGGUUGUGGCUGGAAGCAGGAUCUGUGCAUUACACAGGCUGUGUGCACAUAGUGCUGUUUCAAAUCUGUAUCAUGUGGGUGACAUUAAUGAACUUCAUAGUGAGCAAAUGGUGGAUUGAUUGGUCAGUGCAGAAAAGGAAGCUCAUUUUUGCAAAGUUAAAGGAAAGUAUGUGUGACCGAAAUAUGUACUCAGAAAAGCAGCACAGCAUUUGUCAGAACUGUCAAUGACCAGUUUCAUAAAUGGGAGAUAUCGGAAAAGCUGCAUAACUAAAUUUUUGUCUUUGGAACUGCUGUCUCAUGGAAAUGGAAAUUUUAUUGGCAUUAAUGCAGUGUGCCUCCCAUAGUUGAAACAGAUCAGCACCAUACCACUGCAAGAUGUAAUGUUAAUCCCUGCAUUGCAAACAAGGUGUGCACUGCAUUUUUCUACAAUAAAGAAGAUGAAUUGUUAGUUUAUGCACGUGUAACUUAGCCAUUAUGUUAGUAAGCAACAGCUUAUUUGGUCAUUUUUUUUUUCCUGAGAAAAUAGUUUGCCACCUGUAUUGGGGGGCACCAUACUUUCCCUCAUUCUCUUCGCAGCUCACAACAGAAUUUCUUGCCUAGAAACAGGAACUGUUGGACUAGGCUGCUCUGUCUUCUCUAGUUCACUAAACCUCACUUGUGUACAAUGCCAAACACACAGUGCAUACAGAGCACUUGUCCACUUAAUACCGAGCAACACAAUUACUAGAAUUGUCACGUAUAAAACUAAUUUAGUGACUUUCACUCACUUGCAAAAAAAAAAAAAUCUCUAAAGUAGAACAAUUUACUACAGCAACAGUUAGGCAUUGCCUUAUGCCUGAAGUGGAUCUAAAGUGUGAUACUUUAUGCUGUUUUAACGGGAGAUAUGCAUCAAAUUUUUCCCCCUAUUGUAAAGCUAGGGUUAUAAACCUUAAGCACUGAUAGACGUUUGCUUUCUCUUUCCAUUUGUCAUUUGUUUUCGUGUAGUUUCUGCUUUUCUUGUUUCUAGUGUCAUACAGUGUUGAAAGACUGACUUUUUUUGCACACUUUUUUUUAUAGUAUUCUUUUGCAUUGAUUUUUCAUUUUAUUUUAUUGCUGUAGAGUGCAGUUGAGCAAAAAUUUUGUCCACAAACUUGUUUUUUUAAAGUAGAUAAUUCUGAGCACUUGAAUUCCAGAGUCCUUCCGUAGAAAACAAUUUUUUUUUUUUCUGGUGACAUUAUGCAUUAGAAACAGAAGAUGUUAUGCAUUAGAAACACUAAUACAUCAAUUUACAUACACUGGGACACAAAGCUUCCUUAUAAUAUGGCAAUUGUACUUGUGAAAAGAACCGUGCACAUAAUUUUAGAGCCAAUGUGUAGUGCAAAAUGAGAAAGCUGCACUUUAAUGUGAUGUAGGAACACUGAAAUUAUGCUGAAGGAUACACAUUUCUUGCUGUUUUUAUCAAAUUUUGCUAUGAUUUAAUGUCUAAAAGGAGGGUGUCCGAGCACAACUU